AUACUCCUUCUCAAGUACUUACAGUUGGGUCGUUGCCCGGUUUCACAAAAACCGGGUGACGACCCAACUUUGUCUUUUUUAGACAGAUUAGGUUCUGUCUUGUAGAAGUGGCCGAAAUUAUCUUAAUUGACGUGAUGUGAUUUCUUAUCUGAUGUGACGGAGGAUGAGGUGAGGGCUCUGGCUGCUCUCAUGACCUUCAAGUGUGCUAUGGUGGAUGUGCCGUUUGGAGGGGCCAUGGCUGGUAUCAAGAUAGACCCACUGGAAUACUCGGUUACAGAGCUGGAGAAGGUCACUAGAAGGUUCACCAUGGAGCUGUCCAAGAAAGGCUUCAUUGGACCAGGGUGGUGGCAGAAGGUGCCAAUGGUCCCACUACUAUUGCUGCUGAGAAGAUUCUGAUGGAUCGCAACAUUAUAGUCAUCCCUGACCUGUUUGCAAAUGCUGGAGGAGUGACUGUGUCCUAUUUUGAGUGGCUCAAGAAUCUCAACCAUGUCAGUUAUGGACGGUUGACCUGGAAACACGAGGAAGACUCCAACAAUCAUUUACUAGACAGUGUCCAGCGUAGUCUAGAGGCCAAGUUCUCUGGAGGUCGUGCUGGGUCUAUCCCCAUCACAGCCACCCCUGCAUUCAGUGCUCGCAUUGCUGGAGCUAGUGAGAAGGACAUCGUCAACUCUGGUCUAGAAUACACCAUGGAGAGAUCUGCCAAGCAAAUCAUGCGAGCUGUUCGUGAGUACAACCUUGGUCUGGACCUGAGGACCGCUGCUUAUGUGUGUGCACUGCAGAAGAUCUACACAGUCUACCUAGCGGCUGGCAUCACCUUGUAGCUGCAUAGAGAACACCUGAUAGUGAACAUUGUACCUUCCUACCUGCUAGCUUAUUUUUUGGUAUGUCUGUGGCUUUUAAACACUACAUGUAUGAUUGUAGAUUAGUGAAUUGGUUUAAUCUGGUUACUCUCUUGGUAAAAGAUACAUCGUAUCUUGUUUCCUUUUUCUG